AUGAGCCUCCGAUUGGGAGCAAAGCCAGCAGAAGAGCCAGAAGAAAUAGUAAAUGAAACAAUGCUUAUUGAAGAGCUUAAAAAUGAAACAGCUGGAAAAAUAGUAAGCAUAUUUAAUUCCAUUUUAAAUUAUGAAACGUAUGAAUUGCCAGAUGAUUCAGCAUUCAUUGACAGUUCUUUAGAACAGAUUAAAGAAGAUACAAAACAAACAUUGUUUGGCGCUUUGACUUCUCUUGCUAAUAAAGUUGAUAACGGAUUCAAAAUUAAAAGGUCUUUACAAGAGGAAUUGCAUAACUCAUCUAUAGAUCUUGGAAAUGCAACUCAUGCGAGAUCAACUCCCACUCCAUUUAUUCUUCGCUUUUUCAAAAAGCUCAAAAAUGAAUUUAGAGAAUUAGACACUAAUAUAUCAAACGUGCAAAGUAGUCUCCUAUCGUUAGAUGGCAAUAAUUCUCUGGAUUCGUUAGGUGCGACCCUAUUACAAGAACAUAGAGCCAUUCUUCGAUGCAGUUCUAAAGUAUCAAACCUGCGACGAAAGUACGAGGAAACUAGAAAGCAUAUGCUUGACAAAUUAAAUUUGGAUGAAAAUAAACUCGAAGAAAAGUUUGAAUUCACUAGUCAGGACGAUAUGUCAUAUGCAGAGAAUAUUAAAUUACUAUAUAACCAAUAUAUUUCUGAUAAAAACGCGAAAUUACAAAAAUGGAUUGAAGAUAUCGAUCUAUUUGGCGAGACCACAGCAACAGUUGUACCAGCUCAGUCUUUUGCCCUUAAUAAAUUAAAUGCUGGUGCAAUAAAGCCAUCUGUUGCUACUCCAACCUCAAAUCGCGUUAGAUCUUCUGCACCACCUCCUUCAGGAGCUACUGCACAUUAA